CCUGUCAGAGGAAGCGAUGAAUUCGCCCAUCGGUCUUCCAUCCUCUUCGCCCGAGUCCUCGUCUCCUCCGGGAUUCUGGACGUUCGCUUGCCUAGACACGAACACCAAUCGGUCCAUGCCACCCCGCGACGUCCGCCUCGUGGUACCAAUCUCGUUUUACGGAGCCCUCUUAAUUCUGGCCGGAAGCCUGGGUAAUCUGGGCAUCGCCCUUGUCAUUCUGGCGGACCGGCGUAGACUUAAGGUGCCAACUCGUCUUCUUUUCUGCCUAAUGUCUGCAGCCGACACUCUG